AUGGUUGUCCUAACUGCUGGCAUCUUCUUGGCGUCGCUGGCGGCGUCUGCUUCUGCGGCACCGGCCGUGAAGCGCGCUCAAACCUGUACCUUUUCUGGUGCCACUGGAGCCGCCGCCGCCGCCUCUGCCGCUCAAUCAAAGUGCUCGACUAUUACCCUGUCGAACCUUGCUGUGCCUGCGGGCCAAACUCUCGACCUCUCCAAGCUUGCUGAUGGCACCACUGUCAUCUUCGAUGGCACUACCACCUUUGGCUACAAGGAAUGGGUGGGCCCUCUGGUCAGCAUUGGCGGAAGCAAAAUUACCGUCAAGGGUAACCCGGGCUCCGUUCUCGACGGUGAUGGUGCUCGCUGGUGGGAUGGCAAGGGAGGCAACGGUGGAAAGGUCAAGCCCAAGUUCUUCGCCGCCCACGGCAUGACCAGCUCCACCAUCUCCGGCAUCACCAUCAAGAACCCUCCUGUUCAGGUUGUCAGCAUCAACGGUGCCAAUGGUCUGAACAUUGUCAACUUCACCAUUGACGGCUCGGCUGGUGACAAGCUUGGCCACAACACGGAUGGUUUCGACAUUAGCGACAGCACAAACGUUGUGAUUGAUGGCGCAAAGGUCCACAACCAGGACGACUGCGUUGCUAUCAACUCUGGAACUCACAUCUCCUUCACCAACGGUUACUGCUCUGGCGGCCACGGUCUCUCCAUCGGCUCUGUCGGCGGCCGCAGCAACAACGUCGUCGACUCGGUCACCUUUGCCAACUCCGAGGUGGCCAACUCGGACAACGGCCUGCGCAUCAAGGCCAAGGUUGGCAAGACGGGCAAGAUCAGCAACAUCACCUACAACACCAUCAAGCUCACCAACAUUGCCAAGUUUGGCGUUCUCGUCGAACAAAACUACAACAACGGUGAUCUCCACGGCAAACCCAGCACCGGCAUCCCUAUCACUGGCCUCACUCUGAGCAACAUCUCAGGUGAUGGUGCCGUUAGCUCGGGAGGCAACGGUGUUGUCAUCGCGUGCGGUAGCGGCAGUUCUUGCGCCGGCUGGAAAUGGGACAAUGUCAACAUCUCGGGUGGUUCAAAGUCCAGCAAGUGCAUCAACGUCCCUGGCGCUGCCGCGUGCUUGUAA